GUGGUGGCGGGCGGGAAGAUGCCGGUGGCGGUGAUGGCGGAGAGCGCUGGCGGCUUCCGGCGGCUGCUGGAGCAGUGCGAGACGCAGGAGCUCGAGGCCCCUGGAGGAAUUGCAACCCCCCUUGUUUAUGGCCAACUGCUAGCUUUGUACCUGUUGCAUAACGACAUGAAUAAUGCACGCUAUCUUUGGAAAAGAAUCCCUUCUGCUAUCAAAACUGCAAAUGCUGAGCUUGGUGCAGUUUGGUCAGUGGGACAAAGAAUCUGGCAGAGAGACUUCCCAGGAAUCUAUACAACAAUCAGUGCACAUCAGUGGUCUGAGACCAUCCAACCAAUCAUGGAAGCACUUAGAGAUGCAACUAGGAAACGAGCCUUUGGACUGGUUUCUCAGGCAUAUACCUCAAUAGUUGCAGAUGAUUUUGCAGCUUUUGUCGGGCUUCCUGUAGAAGAAGCUGUGAAAGGUGUAUUAGAACAGGGCUGGCAAGCAGACUUUUCAACUCGUAUGGUAAUGCCUAAAAAGCCAGGUGUGCUGGAAGCUUCCUUUAACAGAUUUAUUCCUUCAUCAGAAUCUGCUCCAGUUCCACCAAUUCCGAACGAACAGCAGUUGGCCAGAUUGACUGACUAUGUGGCUUUCCUUGAAAAUUGAUUAUCCUGCUCCUAUAUCCAGACCAACUUGGGAAUCCUGUGUACUGACAGUUCUAGGAAUCUAAGAUUUAUUUUGUAUCUGUUAAACGUUGCAGUGGCCCCUACUCAAAUGUGUGAAGUAUACAGUGGGUGUUAGUACAAUUAGUGUGUUGCCAAAGCCAAGCUAGCAAUUGAAACAAUCCUUUAACUCCUGUCAUAUUUAUUCAGUAGGUACACAGCAGUAUUACAUAGGGGUUUUUGUUGACUUGUAGCAGAGAGAGGCAUAACUGUUCUUCAGGUAUACUGGAAAUGGAGAAGGAAAAGAGCAAGUUAGUGGUGUUGAGGAAUUUAUGCUAGUAGGUUAUGUGCUUCUAUGGUAAGGACAGCAGUGCAUACACAGAUCAAUUGCAUGUUGAACCAAAGUGAUGGAUUGCCCUACCCCUGUCUGCGGAGAGGAAAUAUGUUGGUGAAACAGGCACUUGAAGAAAACAAUUUAUAGGAAUUUCUUUGCAUGUGAAUUUGUGGCGUCUUUCUAAUUGUUCUUCUGUUGGUCUUCCUGGAUUGUUAAAUCUUCUUGUUUUGAGGUGUGGAAUUUCACAUCGGGCAUAUUUUUACAGCAGAAUAAUUGGAGUCAUUUAAGAAAAGCAAGUUUUGACUUGGAGCAAGAAUUUUUACUUUUGGAAGGUGUUAUUAGUGAUGUAAGACACCAGAUAAUCUGCUGGGUAAUCAUACACCUGCUUGAAGCCUGUCAUGUCUUGGUCUGGGCUGGGAUCUACAAAACCCAACAACUCUUACCCAUCUUUAAGCUUUUUGGAUUACCUCUGCAGUUACUGGAGAGGAAUUCAAACAUUAGAGUAAGUAUCCCUGAGUAGAGACCAAUUGGGAUGGGGGUGGCAUGUUAUGCUGCAAUGUCAGUUUGAGAAAUACAGUUUCUGUAUCGGAGCACUGCUGUGUUAAACUUUGAGAGUGGGUUUUGGAAGCAGAAAGCUGACCUGUAUUUCCAAGCUUCUUAUUUGUAUUAUGCUGGUAAAUACGCUAUGGGGAAAAUAGUGGUGCUUUAAAGGGCAGUGCCUGCCUCCCUUUGCUUCUUCCCCCUCUCCAACAUCAUACUCAAUGGUUUUGUUGAAGAUGGCAAGUGUGCUGUGUGUUGUGAUUGUUCUUUCCAGUGUGCACUACCUACUGUACAUUCUCUGUCUGGGGAUGUGUUAGCAGGGAGGAACUGUGACCUGUGCACUGCUGCUUUUAGAGCUCCCUUUAUAUAUAAACACUUACUUAAAUUGAUUAUUUAUUUGAAACCCACCGAAGACUUGGAUUUCUAAAUUCAGUGAUAUUAAAGAAAAUGUUUACACUGA